AUGGCUGACUCCUCUCAAGACGCUAAGUGCGCUUGGCUUAAAUGCAGUACGAAACUCUUAGAUGUCGAAGGAGAUGACUUUAAAUACUCUAAUAUUGGUCACGGCCCUUGGCUCUGUCGCGAUCACUCAUGUAAGGCGAAAGUCAAAGACAAGCAGUGCUAUGAGGAACGCGACAAGAACUCUCAGUACUGCAAAGAGCACUCCAAAGAGUUCCAGUGCAAGAUGCCGAAAUGCGACUCCGACCGGGAUGGUUCUGAACGGUACUAUGGUGAAAUGUCGGGUCGAGACAAGAAAAAGUGCUAUCAGCAUCAACACUGUGAAGCCUCGAGAGACUGCAAGAAUUACUCUCAGUGGGAUUCCAACAAAACUCCAACCAGGCUCUGUGCGAACCAUUCCAAAUGCGAGUUCUUCCAGGGCUGCAACGGCUUUGUCCAAGGGGAUUCGAAAUUCUGUACUGAUCAUGAGUGCGAUCAACAAUGCUGCCUGCAGCCUCGAGAUGCUCAUAACGGUCUGACUUAUGCUCCGCACCUGGAUGCCCUGACUUUGCCAACGGACAUGGUCACGCCUACCCCCAGAAAUGCUUCCGACAUACUUGUCAAAGAGGAGACUGUUCAGAAAUCGUCCAGGACAGCAAUCCCAACUCUCAUUUCUGCCAAACUCAUGCCUGCGCCGACCCUGCAUGUACUUGUGAGUCAACAAUACCUGGUGGAUAUUGCGUUUCUCAUGGAUGCACCACCCCAGGCUGCCGUGCCCCCCGAGAACGCGGUUCUCCAUUCUUCCCCUACCUUUGCACGCGUCAUGGGGGAGCGAGAGAGGAACAAGAGAGUUACUAUUAUCCUUCCACUGCUCGUUCUCGAACAACAUCUCGCUCGGGGAGUAGGACUAGUAGUCAUGACUCCCGGCGCAUUCCGAGGACAUUUCGCCAACAGCAUUACCAUUACCCAACAUAUCAGGAUCCGGUUCAGGCCUCAGAAGCUGAUCGUCGAUAUGAAUCGUAUGAUAACGUAG